CGCAGCAAUAUCUUUUUACUUAUUUAUAUUAUACAUUCGUUCUUAAAAAUCUUAAAAAUCUAAUGUAAUUUUGCAUCAAUGAAUUAAAAAAACAUAAUUAUAAUUACGUAAUAUUUUAUAAGCAAGAAUAUAAUGUUUGAUGUAACUUAUUUACUACUUUAUUUAAAAUUAAUUAAUCUGUGAUCACACAAUUAAAAAAACUGUUCAAAUACAUAAAGAAUUGUGUAAUAAUAAAAAAAAGUAGAUAUAAUAAUAUAAAGUAAAUGCAAUAUCAUAUCAGUCAAAUUGAUAGCGACGUGAAAUGCACGGAUGUGGUAAUAAAGAAAAUUAACCUAUAAAAUAUUUCCAAAGAUAAUAUAAAUAAAACGAUUGUAGAGAAGCAGUGAUGAUGAAUUUACAACAUAAAAUAUGCAUGGUAUCUGACUUUUUCUAUCCCAAUAUGGGUGGUGUUGAAGAGCAUAUAUUUAAUUUGUCACAAUGUUUAUUAGAACGAGGACAUAAGGUUGUGGUAUUAACACAUUCGUAUAAAGAUCGAAUUGGAAUACGUUAUAUGACCAAUGGAUUAAAGGUAUAUUAUAUUCCAGUCAAAGUAUUUUAUAAUCAAUGUAUUUUGCCAACAAUGAUAUGUUCUAUUCCUCUAAUUCGAUAUAUACUCAUUAGAGAAGAAAUAGAAAUAAUACAUGGACACUCUGCAUUUUCUGCCUUAGCACACGAAGGAAUGUUAAUUGGCAGAUUAAUGGGGUUAAAGACAGUAUUCACAGAUCAUUCAUUGUUUGGUUUUGCAGAUGCAUCUGCUAUUUUAACAAAUAAGUUUUUAGAGAUUUCUUUAGCAGAUUGUAAUCAUUGUAUAUGUGUAUCGCAUAUAGGAAAAGAAAAUACUGUUUUGCGAGCAAAAGUUCAUAAAGAAAAAGUAUCUGUUAUUCCAAAUGCUGUGGAUACCAUGCUUUUCACACCAGAUAUUAACAAACGAAGUAAUGAUUUCAUUACUAUAGUAGUAGUAUCACGAUUAGUAUAUCGAAAAGGUGUAGAUCUUCUAGCUCAUGUAAUACCAGAAAUAUGUUCGCGACAUAAAAAAGUAAAUUUCUUAAUUGGAGGAGAUGGUCCAAAACGAUGGCUUAUAGAAGAAAUACGAGAAAGAAAUUUAUUACAGCACAGAGUUACAUUGCUUGGAAGUUUGGAACAUGCUCAGGUCAAACAUGUUUUAAAUAAAGGUCAUAUAUUUUUAAAUACCAGUCUCACAGAAGCUUAUUGUAUGGCAAUUGUUGAAGCUGCUUCUUGUGGUUUACAAGUCGUAUCUACUAAAGUUGGAGGAAUACCUGAAGUGUUACCUCCAGAUUUGAUUUAUUUGGUGGAACCAACAGUACCAGAUCUUAUUAAAGGAUUAGAACAAGCUAUGUCUGACUAUAUGAAAGGAAAUAUAAGUCAUCCAUUUGACGUGCAUAGAAGAAUAAGUUUAUUUUAUAAUUGGUUCAGUAUCAGUAAAAGAACUGAAAUUGUUUACAAUUUAGUCUCCAAUGAAGCAAAGAAAAAUUUAGGUCAACAAUUAACUAGUUAUAUUCAGAGUGGUGUAUUACCAUAUCUACUAGUUGUAUCACUGUGUUAUAUCAUAUUAAAAAUUUUAGAAUAUAUGGUUCCUAGAGAGUAUAUUGACAUUGUAAAGGACUAUAAAGGAAAACAUAUAGCAUCAUCAAAGGAAAGAAAGUAAUAAAAAAAAGAGGAAAUCUUUAAUAAAAUUUAUUCAAUGACUUUAUCGAUUAUUUAUGAUUUAUCAAGAAAACA